AAAAUACUCAUUCCUCAGUUAACCUUGCAAAGAGAUUCCGGACAAUGAUCUCUUGCGUAUAAUCACCGCAAGAACGCCACUAUCUUAUUCUAUGACCAUGUUGGAGAAAACCCGGGCGGACAGACAAGACCUGAAAUUCAGAUGCGAUACGUGGCUCAAGCCAUCGAAUAUGAAGAUGAUCUACCACAGCCAGUUUCAGGAAAAGUUGCACGGAACAUGCGACUGGGUAUGGUCUCACCCUACGUUCUUGGCGUGGAAUAAUACCUCGACAGAUCCUUUAACCGCAGGCCGUCGUCUGCUCUGUAUCUACGGCACUCACGGUUGUGGGAAAACCGUCCUAGCGUCCUCGAUCAUGGAGUCAUUGAAAAGUAAUGGGCACCGGGUAUUAUUUUUCGCUUUCUCUGAUGCGGAUAUCAGUCGCCGAAGCUUAGACGACAUGGCCCGGUCCUUUUUGUCACAAAUCUUACAAGAGUCGAUCCCGGACGAGAGCUUUAACUUCCGACUUAUGGGCUGUCUUUAAAAAGAUUACGACAUCUGCACCAGGACUUAUAUACUGGAUCAUUGACGGGGUUGACGAAUCCAGAGAAUCUGGUGAAGAGAUCUUGAGACCAGUCC